AUGCUGCUCUUCAAGAAGCGAUCAUUCUUCCUAGGUCAAAUGUUAGAAAUUUCUGUUUGUCGUGCAGACGAAAUGGGAAAUAACCACAUAUUGAACCCAGAGCUUAUCAACUUUCUCAGCGUUAAAUCUAUCUCAGUAAACACUCUUCAUAAGCUAAACCUAUCUCGGAAAUUUGGAGCGAGAGAGAUAGGCGGGGUUUUCUUCCGCUAUGGUCACACAAUCUCGACGUUGGGUGCCGGUAAUGGUUAUGAUUGGAGGCCAGGGUUGACUUUCGAGGAGUGCAAGACGUCAUCCAAGGCGACGAGGUUGCAUUUACCGAAUAAGGGCGGGGGGGCUUUCCUAUUUAAUUCACCGCUGACAGCCGUACGACUGGACAAAUUUAUCACUCCACUAAACUUCAAUGCGAGAGCCCAGCUCUAUCUUGCAGCUACUGCCAUUAACAGAAACGGCCCCUUCACCCAACACUCACAAUCGAUAAUGGCGCAAUAUUCAAAGCAGCCUCAGCAGCAGAUGCUGGGCUCUCUACCUAUGGCCAUCGCCCUCGACAAGUCCGGAAGCACGUAUGGCAAGACAUUGAAGACGGAAAUCCAGGUUGUUGAAGAGCUUUGCCGACUUCGAUUCGACACCAACAAAGCACCAGUUCACCUGCUACCAUGGUCUGGCGAAGCCCUGGAUCCUAUUAAGUUGCCCGACGAUACCGAAAUGAUGAUGCAACUUCAAGGUGAAGGAUUGACAGAUCCAUCGGUGCUCUAUUCAUCUGACGAUUGCCUGGCCGCGUUAAAGUCAUGUGGAAUAUGGUUUCUCUUAACCGAUGGCCAGAUAUACGACAGCCUGGUGGAGAACUUCGCCGUGAAGACAAACGAAGUCUGCCUCCAGGGCACGCCCUGCGUUAUUAUUGUCUUCGGCGAUGCAAGUCGUAGCCGCCCUGCAGCCUCCAAUAUUUCCGUUGGCAUUGCCAUAUAUGCGGUUGUGCCAGAUUGCUUAUUCCUGUUUCACGACAUCCCUACCGGAAUCGUACGAGUCAUGCAGGCGAAGGGGAAGUUCAAAGAAUUGCUACCGACUACAGGCCACGACCAAAUCCAACCUGUGGUGACUAAGUACACUGCUUGGUCUGAGUUACCUAGAUUUUCGUACCAAAGCCUUUCGGGAGUUGGCCUUAACGAAGCCCGUCAGUUAAAAGCCGACGAACUACAACUACAAGGAGGAGCCGUGGUCAAAUUGUCUGACUUGCUCUCUGGCAAAACGGACCCAGGAACUGUUGAACAGAUUAUGAAGGAUGACGAUAAUCUCAAAAGCAUCGUUCUGGCAUCGAUGACGAGAGGGACCGGGAAAGAUGUGGAAGCAUGGCUACAAGCCCAACAAAUGCCUCUCCCAAAGAGAACAAAUUAUCCUCGGGAUAUAGGUGGUAGAGCCCAGCGGGCUAUCGACAAUCUUUUAGAAGCCCUUAGAUUCAAUGCACCGGCCGACGAGCUGAGUAAUUUACGGGCCGAGGCCAGGUCAGCUCACGAAAACAACUUGAAGGAAUUCUGUAGAACCUUUAACGAUGAGAUGAAUGCCGAGAUGCCGUAUCGAAAGAUGAAUAACAGAUUACGGCAAGGAGUGAUUAUGAAUAAACUGAAAAGAAGAAAUGCUUGGGAGGCUCUUAACGUAGGCAAUGAUUUAGACGAACCGGAUACCCACGAAUCCACUCUAAUGAGAGAACGCGACAACGCGGACGGUCUUGAUGUAGUUUGCCUCCCUGGGUUUCGCCGACGAAAACCAGUUAGCGAAUAUAGAGGGCAAUGCAUGCUUUGUCACUCAACUUCCGUCCUCACCUUAUUGCUCAAGUCCCCUCCAAGGGUCACGACAGAGAACUUUCCGCGCGAAGGAACUUACGCUAAGCUAGCCUUCCCACUAGCCAUGGGAAAUUUUGCAGAGAUGGAUUUGCUCUCGUUCUUCGUCUGCUGCGAUGCUUGUGCAUUCCAUCUCCAACGCGUGGGGGUAUGUCCGUACAAGGACACGAUCAUUGGCGCCUUGUGCCUUGUGUGCGUGGGGAGCAAUCAAGCUACUUGGCUCGAAGGAAUCGACCAGGCCGUGAGGGGACGGUUCGACAUCUCGGACUUGCUCAGCAUUUGUGUCGCCAUCAUCGACAAGAAGUUGGUGGAGAACGAAGUACGUGAAGCGUCUCUUGAGGAAAAACAACUCUUUCGAGGAUGUGGACAAUGGGCCAUUCGCAAUCUGGCCCAGAUUACGGAAAUUCCGUCGACACUCAGUGCUGCGUUUGGGAAUGAAAAGGAAGCAGUAACAAAGACAACCCUUAGCAGUUUGCUUUCCACCGAUCACUUUGCAAGCCCGGGCAAUGUCGACAAUGUGGACUUGCUUCUCCUUCGAUAUCCCAUUCCAGGUUUCAUGGCUCUGCUGAGGCUGCUGUCUCUACUUUAUGUCCAACCAGAUCAAAUGCAAACUUUGCUCUUCCAACGCGUUUUGUUCCAUGUCACGGAACUGUACAUAUCUAAAAAGAGGUCGGGGGAUCUACAACUUCCGACCAUGAACCAGAUUGGAAAAGUGGAUAUACCCGUCUCAGAGCUCCUCUCGCACGAUCUUUUAGACCCCGAGAGCUUGCAAUUACUGAGAAACCAAGCGGAAUUUGAAGCCAUAGAGCGCCAGAGCGGCCCGGCCAUGGCCGUUUUCCUCCACCAUCUCUUAACAUACGGUCAGGUAUACCCCACUCCGAUGGCUUGCUUCAAUGCAUUGAAAGUUAGCACAACAAUGAAAAAGGUCAUCCUUAUGCCACUAGCCAUUAGCCCUGGCCUCGCUGCGGACUUGAUAUCCCAGAUGGCACGAAAGAGGGCGAAGAAGCUCUCAAAUGUGUACAGUGGCCGAUCGUUUCCCCCAAAUAAGAUUUUCCCUCCCGAAACUCCCGUCUUAUAUGUAAAAUUACAAUAUCAUUGGUUAAAUUCGGCGGUACGUUCCGAGAACCUCUGGAGGAUCAUGAGGGGCAUCCCCAACUACCUCUUCAUCAACAUCCGGAUUGCUACUGGCACUCAACAGCGAUUCCCCUUGUUGUUUUUGCUGCUGUUCCAGUUCCGAGCUCGUUUUGGACGCACGACCAUCCGUGCCCAUACCUUCACUGUAAAGGUUGCCUUGAUUGUGGGGUACUGUCUCAAGCCCUUCCGUCUGCUGCUUCGUGGAGACUGGGAACUCACGACCGUGCUUGACAUCACACUCGUCGGCACCGACAAAUGCGACGUAAACGGACUUCGAGAGUUUCCCACUCUAGGACGCAGAGUAAUUGUGUUGCUUUGGCUCGCGGUGGGAGACGACGUUUUGAGGAGCCACGACGAGGGGAACGAGGCCGAAUAUUGUCCCGGCGUCGUCGUGCGACCUUGCCGCGUCGAGCUCGGUAAGGAUUCAGCGACGUACAUGGCCCUUGAUUUAUUUCAUUGGGUUGAUGUCUUGGAGGGGUUAAAGGCGGGGACGAGGGAAUGGUGGUUGCCUCCUGUCUCGAUUACCCAAGAGGUCGGGAAUGAUGCCAUCGGAGAAGUUUAUCGUCCUGAGAACGGCGCCCAGGCCCCAUUACGCUUAGAACACUACAGGGCUGACAUUGGUUGUGCCAUUCAAGGAACCACAUUUGGGAAAUGCGGUGCUGGUAACAUCAACUCUAGACAGCGACCUCAUCCUAAUCUGCUUCCCGCUGCUAGAUGGAGUUGGUCGACGGCAGGCAAGUUCGAAGGUUACUUGGAUGACGGAUAUAUACAUAUGCAACAAUACAUGCUUCCAAAAACGGUAUUAUCACCAUCAUUCACCCUCUAA